GUCACAGUGAUCUUAUAAGAGUCUGGAAAAUUUAACAUUUUUCGCUAUACCCAUUCGAUUAAUUAUACAAAAUGGAUGAUUUUGGUGAUAAUUUCGUUCAACCAGAUACUCAGCCUGAGGUUGAUCCAGCUGCAGAGUUCUUAGCUCGUGAACAAAACCAAUUAGCUGGCUUAGAAGAUGAUUUGGAAACAAAUGCUCCGCCCCCUAUGCUUUCGUCAAACUCCAAUGGAUUUGAUGAUUUUGUUGAAGUACCUAAUGCAGCAGCUUUUGAAGCUAAUGGGCUUUUAGACGAUGAGUCAACUCCACCUACAGUGUUCAAACAAGAGCGCGAAGAACCAGAAAAAAUAAAAAUUUGGAGAGAAGAACAAAAGAAAAGACUGGAAGAAAAAGAUGCUGAGGAGGAAAAGAAAAAGGAGGAAAUGCUGCGUAUCGCAAAAAAAGAACUCGAAGAUUGGUACAAAACUCAUGAAGAACAGAUAGCCAAAACUAAAGCAGCUAAUAGGGAGUCUGCUAAGAAUGCAGAAAGGGCAUUAGCUCGAGGGUCAGAAAGCAACGUUGAAGAAGGUAACGAGUGGGCGCGCGUUGCUGAACUCUGCGACUUCGGUCCGCGGCGUGGUCGCGACGUAGCGCGUUUGCGCUCCAUCGUGCUGCAGCUGAAACAGUCCGGUGUACGCCCCAAACACCCACCUCGCACUACAAAAGUAGCUUGAAUUCAGACCAUACAGAUCAGCUACAUACAAUCUAAGAAGAAUGACUAUAAACUCUUAAAUAUAAUGCAAAAGUCACUCUUAAUGUGAACUGAUAUAAGAAUUUAUAAUAUAAGUAACCUCAUAAUGUUACAUUUUGUAAAAUAGUCUUGGUAGGCACCCUGUUAAAUUAUAUAAUAAAAAUAUUUAAACAAUGCAAUAUAAAUAUACUAUCAUUGCAAAUACAAUUUGAAAACCAUUAAAUGUAUACUUGUUUUAGAAUCAAAGCCUGGAUUGUAUCUUCAAUAGACAUUAUUUUAUUUCUUUUAAUAUACUACACUGUCUGAUUGAUCAGAUGUUUGUAAUUUUUUUAUUUAACAUAGUAUAGUGUUGUGUAAUCAUUCCAAAAUAAAUUUUUUGCAUACAUC